UCUUCUUCUUAUUUAUAGGUACAAAACACCGCCCACAUCCAGCAUUCCAGCUCACUUCAACACUUUAAUCAAACACUUCUCUCUCUCUCUCUCUCUCUCUCUCUCUCUCUCUCUCUCCUAGACAGUAGACAGAGUUCUGAAGCCAUGAAGCAAGUAUCUCAAAUGGGUAUCAUCUUCCUCACCGUUUCCCUUCUACUCUUCCACUCAUUAACCUCUGCUCGUCCCUUACCACCCCUCCAAGGAAACCAGAUAGUGAAGGCUAAUGAUCAGAUCACUCAAUCACUUCCCUCCAUUAACGUUGAAGAUGAAGAAGAUCUAGUCAAUCUGAUGGGCAUGGAGGAGUGUGAUGAGAAAGAUGAAGAUUGUAUCAAGAGGAGGAUGGUUGCAGAGGCUCACUUGGACUACAUCUACACCCAACACCAUAAGCCAAAGGGAUCAUCGGCACCUUAGAAAAAGGAAGGACCAUGGAAUCCUUAUACAUAUACAUAUUUAGUUAAUUUCUCCUAGUCUUGAAUCUCUAGUUAAAUAAAUUGUGUACGUUAGUAGAGGCACAUAUUACUUCCGGGGCGAAGAAAAAUUUUCUUUUCAUAAAGGUACGAAACCGUGUGUAACUAUUACCUUAUAAUUAAUAAUACGACAUAAUAUAUUGGGGAA